GGAACAGACGACAUCGCCGCCAUCAUAAAAGCGCACAUACACAAACGCAAAUGCACCGAGAAUAAAACAGGCAAAAGAGGAAGGAAUAAACGUCGGUUCUCUUCUCAAUUCACUUGUUAAAUUUCAUUGCGUUUGCGAUUCUUUUUUACAUAAACUAAACAAAUACCACGCACUCAAACUUAAUUAAUUUACAACUGUGAUCGCCAACAACUAUAAUAAUAAACGAGUAAUGUGCGCAAAGAAUUGCCAAAUUUGUAAUUUUUAAAAACCAAAAAGAAAAUUGCAACAAAGCAGCAGACGACGACGACGGCCAAAGGAAGAAGCAGACUGACUAAAGCGGCCGCUCCAAACCAACAAGCUUCGCGUCAUUUCUCAAAUUACAAAUCAUCUACAACAUCCUACACAAAAACCUGUGCGACGGAGUUCAACAGCCCAUCGCAAAACAAAAUAAAAAACUACCUGAUAAAAAAAAAAGAGAAACACAUAAGCAAUAUUAUUGUGCAUUAGAAAACGGACAUCAGACAGGCAACUGUUAAGACUAAAUACAAACUAAACUCGACAAGAAAAUAGUAAUUUCUGAAGCUCCUCACACUCACUGGGACUAUAUUUAGCCGCUUAGCCAAACGCUUGGAACUCUAGCAAUGGUCAUGGAUGCGACACAAUCGCAACAGCCUUCGCCACAGUCUGUGGGACGCGAAUUUGUGCGUCAGUAUUACACGCUGCUGAAUAAGGCGCCCAAUCAUUUGCAUCGCUUCUACAACAACAACUCGUCGUUCAUACACGGCGAGUCGACAUUGGUUGUGGGCCAGCGCGAUAUACACAAUCGCAUACAGCAGCUGAACUUCAACGAUUGCCAUGCCAAGAUUAGCCAGGUGGAUGCCCAGGCAACCCUAGGCAAUGGCGUUGUCGUCCAGGUCACUGGGGAGCUGUCCAACGAUGGCCAGCCGAUGCGUCGCUUCACGCAGACCUUUGUCCUUGCUGCCCAGUCGCCCAAGAAGUACUAUGUGCACAAUGACAUCUUUCGCUAUCAGGAUCUGUACAUUGAGGACGAGCAGGAUGGCGAGUCGCGUUCCGAGAACGAUGAGGAUGUGCACGAUGUCCAGGUGCAGGGCGUCGAUCAGGCUGUCCAGGUUGUCGGUGACGUUGCCCAGCCACCACAGCAGCUGCCCACUCAGGUGGUCCUGCCGCAGCCGGUUGUGCCAGUUGCAUCCGCUGGCGGAGCUGCUGGAGCGCCGCAGCAGAUCUACUAUCCACUGCCCGCGGGCGCUGCAUCCGGACGACCUGUGGCCGUAUUGCCAGCUGCGCCGCAAGCUGCUGCUGUGCCGCUGCCCGCGCAGUUCUCAAACCCUCCGCCGCCAAUUCAGAACGGAGUUGUGCCACACGACGAUUUGCCACAACAACAGCAGCAGCAACAGGGACCGCCGCAAGCUUUGGUGCAGGCCAAUGUGUCGCCGAUGGUGCAACAGCAGCCAAGUGCUGGUGGACCCGUGAGGCCAUCCAAUGUGGGCAUUGUGCAGCCGGUGGCAGUGCAGCCAGCUGGCUUCCAGCACUCUCCGCUCAUGGCGACGCCACCACAACUCCUACCACAACAGCAUCAGCAACAACAGCAGGCGGCUAUGCAGCAGCAGCCAAUGGUCGAACCCGAGGAGCCGGUUAACAGCGAGGCGAAAGUCAGCCACAUGCAGAGGGCACAAACUCCGGUCGAUGACUUCAAGACCAUACAUGAACAGCAGCAGCAGGAGAAAUACGAGGCCGCCAAGCAGCAGCAGCAGGAGCCCAAGACCUAUGCAAAUCUGUUCAAGUCAACCUCAUCAUCGCCCAGUGGCUUUGUCAAUGCGGCCCUGCAGCAGCAGCAACAAUUGCAGCAACAGCAGCAGCAGCAGCAACAACAACCACAGAGCAAUGUCUAUACGACAUCCUCAGCGGGCAGCGGUGGCGGUGUCCAGGCCAGCUACUCAACUACCGCAUCCUCCUCCUACAACAAUAACGGCAACAACAACAGCAGCACCAACAACAACAACUCGCGACUUGACAACGGCGGUCCUCUGCCACAGCGCAACAAUUCGAUUAGAAACAAGGAGUUUGAGCAGCGUCGUCCUAGCAAUGCUCAGCAAUUUGGCGAUAAUCAGCAACUGUUUCUGGGCAAUAUACCACACCAUGCUUCCGAAGAUGAGCUGCGUCAGCAAUUCGCACGCUUUGGCAAUGUGAUCGAGUUGCGUAUUCUAUCGAAGGCCAACAGCAAGGUGCUGCCAGGCAUGCGCAGCCCACUCAACUAUGGCUUUAUCACCUACGAGGAUCCCGAGGCAGUACAAAAGUGCCUGGCCAAUUGUCCGCUGUACUUCCCGGAGAACUCCCCCGAUGCCCAGAAAUUGAAUGUGGAGGAGAAGAAGCCACGCAUGCGCAAUGAUAUGCCACCGCGUCAGCCCAUUGGCGGUGGAGGCGGCGGCGGCGGCGGCAACAACAACAUGAAUAACAUGGGACGUAACAAUAUGCGCGCUGGUGGCGGCAACAGUGGUCCACGUAUGGGCGGCAAUGGAGGCGCCAGUUUUGGUCAGCGGAACGAUAAUCGCAGCAGCGGUGGCGGCAAUCAAUCCAAUGGACCGCUGCGCGGUGCGGGCAACGGACAGAGCGGCGGUGGUGGCGGCGGCGGCAAUUAUGGUCGCCGUUAAUCAGCGGGCGGCAGUGUAACAAAAAAUAAAAACCGCCUGGCCUGACAUUGGACGGGCCGCCGGAACAGAAAUAUAACAAGCAAAUAGCAGCAACAGCCCAACGUCAGAGCAUCGAUUUCUUCCAUAAUGCAAUCAAUCAAUUACCAUCAUCAACCAACCAUCAACGCACACACUUACAUACACACACACACACACACAUAAACAUUCAUACACACACGCACACAAUCAGCAGUAGUAGCAGCAGCAGCAACAGCAAAAAACAUCAUUCAACGAAAAGUGGAAAAAAAGAGAAAAGAAAACAACAGAAUGACUAAUCUUCAAUGUUCUUCAAACGUUCUUUAGAGCGAAAAACGGCUACAACGACGAUGACAGCCAUUAAAUUGCACGUGUAUCGUACUACUAGUAAAAACUUUAUAAUUUAUGCUUUUGGAUCAUCAUUUAGUUAAGCUCGCUUUUGUGCAGUUUGUUCUCUUAAGCCGCCAGCUAGUGCCAAAAAGCAAAAUUCUGUGCAAAUUUUCGUUGUAAAUCUAAUUUUAAGAAGCUGCAGCACGCCCUCCAAAAAAAAACAAAGAAAAAAAGAGUAUGUUGCAACGCGCCAACAUCAUAUAUUAUAAUUCUAAUACAUGCAGCCCACCACCUAACUCAUAAACACACAUGAACAACCAAACACACACACACACAAACAGUGUCACAGAACUUAGUGUAAAUGUAAACUAGGUUUAACUUCAUCUGUCGUUUAAAAUUCUAAUUUUUCAAAAUUUUACCUAUAAGUUUGCGAGGGAAAUGCUAUAAAAGAAAUGCAAAUGCUAAUGUUUUUUGUUUGUUUUCAUUUACAAUGAAAUUUUUCUUAAGAACGUAAUAAAUUAAAGUAAAUUAAAUGCAAAUCAUUACAAUUAAAAACAAAACUGAAAACUUAGCUAAAAACAAAAAACACAAACACAACAAAUCUAAUCAAUUUAAAAAGCAAACAAAAAAAUGAAAAAAAAAAUACUUUUUUAAAUAAAAUGUAAUAAAAAAAGCAAAAUAAAGACUUAAAAACGUAACAUUAAAAAAUCUAAAAAAAAAAAAAAAUGAAACAAGAGAAAUUAUGUAAAAGCGAUCUUAAGGAACACUCAACUAAAAGAAAGAAAAGUAUCACAGGACCUUAAAUACACUUAUAUAAAUUCAUGCAGCCGAAUCCAGGGCGCCAAUGGCCGCCUAACCCACAAACUCCUCCCCAACACCCUUCCCCAACCAUUGCCACUUCAGUUUUAUUUUGAACAUUGAACAUUUGCCUAGCUAGUCUAUAUACACAUGGAACGAAUAUAUUGUUAACAAAUGUAACGGCAAAUUGA